AUGGCGGUUCCCGAAGUAGUCGACGGCCCCAAGGUCAUCACCCUGACCAAUGAGGAGCGCGACAGCGGCGUCAUGGGCGACAAGAAGCUCUACGACGCCAUCGAGGCCUUCUUCACCGACGGAUUGGUGGUUGUAGAGAACGCCAUCGAUGUCGGCAUCAUCGACAGGUUGAACGAGAGGAUGCUCCAGGACACAGAGAAGCUGCUCAAGGGCCAAGGCCAGAUCCACUACAACCACCUGAACAAGAGCGCGGCGACAAAGGGUGCCGCUGCUGGCGGCAACCUGUCUCAAGUGCCGCCGUUGGAGAAGGGUAAGCGACUAUACGAAAGCGUCCGGUCCGAGAUAUCGCAUGCUGACACGCCUUUCCCUGUAGAAUGGCUCUUCCCCGAGGUUUACGCCAACAAGCACGGCUCGCGCAUCAUCUCCAACAUCCUGGGCCCCAAGCCCGAGGUCCACUUCAUCCGCUCCAACACCCUCAUCGCCAAUGAUGACCGCCAGAUGGUCCACGCCGACCUGCGCUUCGAGCACCCGGAGCACCCCUUCGCCAUCGCCUACAAUACCUGCCUGAUCGACGUCGGCCCCGAGAACGGCUCCACCGAGAUCUGGCUGGGCACCCAGAACACCAACCUGGACUACCACCGGGAGCUUGGCGAGCCCAUGAUCGCCGAGGACAAAGUCGAGGAGCGACGCAAGAUCCGGCCCCCAGUCUACCCGCGCAUCAAGCGCGGCUCCAUCAUCUUGCGCGACCUCCGUCUGUGGCACGCCGGAGUGGCCAACCCCACCAAGGAUACCAGGAUCAUGCUGGCCAUCGUGUACUACGCGGCCUGGUACAAGAACGGUGUCGUCACCCAGAUGCCCGAGUCUCUCAAGCCUCAUAUCGCCGCCCUCGAGGAGUAUGGGCAGCAAAAGAUUGCGGUGGAGUGGGUUCCAGAUGAGGGAUACAACUACCUGGACAUCAAGUUCAGCAACAACUUUAGCUCAACCUUGACGCCUUGGGUAUGGGAGAAGAUUCAGCACAUCAAGACCGUCAAGGGCUACUAA